GGGCCGAUGGGUACAUCCCACACUGACCCGCUAAACUACAACCCCGCGUUACGGACUAGAUAGCUGGGUAGACCUGGGUCUGACCUGAAGCUCAAACAACUGUGAGACCAGAAAACGUGAAUCUACAAACGCCAGCUCCUCUUGCUUGACCACUUAGCCGACCUACCCAGUUUCAACUGCACUGACUGUCUGAUUUUUGGUGCGUCUGUUGCCAGUCGAACCAGCCCUCACGAGUGUUUGGGAUUCCGCCUUCGCAACAGCUUCCCUCCCUGGAUAUCGACAGCCAACCAGGAAAUAGCCCCGGUCACAUACAUCAUCAACGCCGUUUCGUUUCCUUACCGUUGCAUUCUACGAGGCUGCCGAUCUAAAGCUUAGCAGCGGUGCUAGCCUCGUAAAGUCGGCUUUCGGGGAGGCUGAUACGAGCCGGGAUCGGCCUAAUACGGACAAUAGGCAAAACACAUACCUAAUAUCUAUUGAUCAGUAUGGAGCAAACCAAGGCUCUCAACGCCCUAGAGCCUUUCCUCGCUUUGAGCAAGUCGGCAACUGGCCCACGGGCAGCCGCUGACCUCAUAACCCAAGCGACAUCCAACUCCAACACAUAUGUCUUCGCUGAGCUCCUGCAAACGCCACAAAUACAAGCUCUCGCACAAUCACCAGACUAUGCCUCGCACCUGAAGCUCCUUGAGAUCUUCUCGUACGGCACAUAUGCCGAUUACACAUCAACAACGAACCUCCCGCUGCUCAAUGAUGCCCAGAUCCUGAAGCUACGGCAACUCUCCCUCCUCACGCUCGCGAAGGACCCGCACAAUCUGAGCUAUGCCGCACUACAACAGAGUCUCUCCCUCCCAGACUCCCGGGCCGUUGAGAACCUUAUUAUCAGCGCCAUAUACGCAGGAUUAGUAGACGCCCAACUCGAUCCCCGCAACGGUCUCGUACGGACCUCCUCGGUCUCACCCCUGCGGGAUCUAGCACCAGGCUCGAUCCCAUCAAUGCUAAACACUCUCCGUGAGUGGUCAGGACGCUGCACCUCAACACUAGAGGAUCUGGAGGUGCAGAUCGCGAGCAUGAAAGCAGCCGCAGCCAAGCGCCACGCCGACAAGAAGGCGUUAAUCGAGCAGACAGCAAAACUAAUCGAGGAAGAGAAGAAUGCCGAGCAGGGACUUCACACGCAGCGCCAAGGAGCCAUACUCAACCGGGCGUUGACGAGGAUGCAAGGGCAGAGAUUCAACAAGCGAGGUAGCGGAAGUCUCGAAGCAAACGCCAUUGACGACGAGGCCAUGGAGGUCGACGAGGAAGAGCCCGAUGACGGCGAGGGCGGAGGCAGUGCUGGCGCCGCGUUAGGCGGACCAGGAAAGAAACGAGCUAAUCGCCGGAAGCUAUAGAAAACCAUAAUGCAGUGGUGGAAUAGUGCAAAGCGAUGGGGGCGAAGAAAGACAUUGGCCGUAAUCUCCGGUUAUACAGGAUGGAUGCCGAAGAAGACAGCUACGUAUCCGACUAACACACUGGCAGUUGACGGACCCGGGUAAGCUCGAAUAUCCUUGAGAGGUGAGGAUAGUGCCAUGGCAUACCGGACAAACACUCUUAGACAGUAGCUAUGAGCGAUGAAGAUAUGACAUUGGCAGGACACCUGGCCGUCAAGUAGAGUUACAGUCAGAUAUCUAGCGUCAGAGACAAACAGCACAAUGAUCAAUCACUAUUACGUCCAGACC